GCUGUACCGCGGAUCCGCAACUCCCACCUGUCUGCACCGCGCGAAGUGAUACCUUGGACACCCCCGACAGGUUACCACCGAUAUUUUGACUACCGACCAAACAAACAUCUCGAAAGUUGAGUGCGUCGAAAGGGUUGUCUCGGUCGAGACGGACGAUCGUUUCGAGAACAAACAGAAGAUUGAGCCGGAUCGGUCUGGACGACCCCUGAUCAGUGAAGUGAUUAAUGAGCUGGUGAAGAGAGGGGGGGAGGUAUGGCGAGUCAUUCCACUUACGAUUACGAGGACAGAGGACAGAGGAUGAGGCACAGAGUCGGGGCCACGUCCAGACCUGCCGACUCUACCGUCGCCUGCACUAGUACGCAGUACUACGUGGGCCCGAGCAGCGACAUCAGCGAAGAGGACUUGGCCGAGCUGCCGUCUUGCGUUUACGCAGGAAGAUCCGCUCAGCAUGUGCCACACGCUUCUUCGCACACCCACUCGCCUUUACACUAUCACAUGCCGGUCUCUACACCUGAUCACAACGACACAGAGAUAAACGGUGUGGAGGAGGGUUAUUAUCCGAACGGCAGUCCUUACAGAAUCCAACGACACGCCGCCAACAUCAGGGAGAGGAAACGUAUGCUGAGCAGCAUCAACUCGGCUUUCGACGAGCUACGAGUCCACGUACCAACGUUUCCGUACGAGAAGAGGCUAUCGAAGAUCGACACCCUUCGCCUGGCCAUAGCUUACAUCGCUCUACUGCGAGAGGUGCUGGCCGCGAGACUCGAUCCGUUGACGUACGUCGAGAGGUGCCUUAGAGGAGAAAUAAAUGGGGAACGCGCCGAAUGGAACACCAGCGAUCUGACUGCGCGUUUGUCCUGGAUAAACUGGGAAAAUCUUGGCGUGAACCCGAACAGGCGAUCGGUCUUGACUACCCUCGCCCUCACUACGGACAAUAUGAAUCUAACGACGCAACAUUCCGGGGAGAACCAAGAGGACGAUGAUGUGAGCGUGAUCGCAGUGAUAGAAAAAGAAAACGAUAGAUCUUCGAUGUACGUUCGAAUCGACGAGUCGGAAUUCAGCCGAAAUCGCCUGCAAAAAGAUCAACGAACGAUUCAAGUUGCCGGUGAAACAUUGAAAAUGACUCUUCGAAAACGAUCAGACUCGGAACCGUUGUUGUCCGCGGAGACGGAAGAGACGGAAGAGUCGGCAGUGGAUUACAAACGGGUCGACAUCUUGCAGAAACAAUCGCCUGAAAUUCCGAUGAAACGAGAAAAGAGAUACAAGGAUGAUAGUGAUUACGUGAAGGACUCUACGGAAACCAGUAGCGGAGGCUCGACGUCUGGCGCACCUACGACAGUCAGGAGAGUGCAUCGAACAACGAGAAGAAAUCGUGGAAUCAGGGAAAUUCAAAAGGAUCCUAUGCAUGUAACGAAGAAACAUCUAGAUAAACAAUUUCCUAGACCCAGGCAACAAUUGCUUUCGGCGAAAAGGAAGGGAACCUUCUUUGAUUUCGAGCUUAUUAAACGAGGAAAGUCUUCUACGAUGCCAUACAUGAAUACAAGAUCUGUCACGCGAAAAAUGUACAAUGUAGGAGCCACUUAUCAGGCACCUACGAUAAGAGACGAAAUGGAAUGGAAAGAGUGGCCUGUACAUGGAAUGCACGAGAGACCCAUCUAUCAUCCUCGAGUAGGCUUGGCUACAGAGUACUUGGGCCGUUGUUACACUAGCAUCGAUGGUCAUUCUUACCACAGAGUAGCGGAUAGUCCUGAAAUAGAAGUGGUAUCCGUAGAUCCGCGCUGUGAUUUUCUUUCUUCUGCCGGUGAAAAAAAACGAAAUAGGAAAACAAAGAUCGCUGAAAAUUCGAAUCACAUGAGAAAUUCAAAAACGUCUCUUUCAUCCAAGAAAGCAAAAUCCUUUGAAAAGUGUAUGCACGAGAGUUUUCAUUGCGUUCUAGGGUACUGCUCGCAGGUGAUGACUCCCAGCUACAAAACGAAUGUUGAGAGUAAAAUUAAUAAACUAAACGCGAGUAAAAAUUCACCAAAUAUUCUAAGAAGGUCGGAACAGCAAUCCUCGAUGAGAAAUUUUAUGGAAUCUGCCGGUAAGAAUAAGUCGUUUGUUAUUAGUAAGGAAAACUUACGGAAAACGGUAGAAGGAAACAGGGUAUCGAACAAUUACUCUGCAACUACGAUGUCUCGGAAUGUUAAAAUUUUUAACAAUACGGCGAAACCUCAAUUGUUUCCGAUACAAAAGGUGUAUGUUGCCAAUCCUCAAAAGCCUAUCGUCUUUGCUAAUCUGAAACCUCUUCAGAACGGACAGAUAAAGCUACAGGAAGUAGUACAAUCUUCUAAUAACCCACUAAUCCUAGUCGAUACCUCGGAAGUGAACAAUACUCAGAUUUUCAAACCAUUACCUAACAAUAUGAAUCUGAUAAAAUUGGAACACGUCAACGACACUCUGUUGGAUAUACCUUCUGUGUUCAAUAACGCGAUUCCUAUUAAUGAUUUGUCGGAGAAUUCAAAAGUCUCCUCGAAACACUCUCCCACAAAUCCCACGAAACGCACGAGUAAGGUAGAGUUCACGGUUGCAAAGUAUCUUCUCGAUAACGCGAAACAGAAUAAAAUUCAGGUAGCGAAAGAGACGAAUACCGGAGAAGAAAAAAAGGUAUCUUACGAUCCUACUGGUAAGGAGGUAACUUUAAAAGCAUCGUUAUCCGAUCAGCCAAAUAAGAUUUGGUGCGCCAGCGACGCAUCGGAGAUAGCAAAAAUUCUCUCGGAGUAUAAUAAGAGCAGUAUGAAAAAACCGGCCAUCGAGAACCAUGGAUUCUACACCGACUCGAAGAACAUUGGAACGAAGGAAGUAUCGAGUAAAGAAGAGUACGCGAAACGGUGUGAUCGGGAGAAUUCCUCCGAGAGAGGAAACGUGAACAUAAAGUUUCCUCAAGGAAAGUGGAGGCGAUUUCAUUUGACAGUGGAGAAACUAAAGGACACGAAGGGCUAUUCGAACGAAAGAAAAACCAUCUCGAAAAUGUCGAACAGCAGCAGACAAUCGUCGUUUGAAGAUUUAAAGUACUCGGAGCUAUCUCAAAAGUUACAGUCCAGUGCAAUUAGCUCGGAGAAGAAAGAAAACAGUUUCGCGAAUGUUAUGGUAAACGCGACAACGACGAAGACCCAGUUUUUGCAAGAAUUGUUGGAAAAUACAGCGAUACUGUAUUGCGCCGCUACUGGAACCCAUCAGGACGAUUUGGCUAAUUAUAUCGAUAGUUUGGAUGCUUCUCAGAGUAUACAAUGGUUAGAAACGUGCAACGAUUCGAUCGUAUGAGCAAUUAUGUUAGACUUAUGGUAAAGGAGUUACGAAUCUGUAUCGAUAUUUCAACGACCCGGUACCUUGUUUCCUUCGGACUUUAUACAGAUUCGGAAGAAGAAGAAAAACACGUAAAAGUUAUAUUUGUUUCUUUAUUUAAUAGAAUGUCGGAGCAGAAUCAUAGUACAAAUAUAUUUAAUUGAUAAUCGAUACAAGUUGUUAACGCUCCAGGAGAUCCUAUUAAAAUAGUGGCUUAUCGAUAGAUUCAUUUUCUUUUGUUUGCCGUUUACCGAGUUUAAUUAUUGUGUUCAGAUGUGUUUGAAUUUCUAAACGAGAGAUAGAAAUAAUAUUGGUUAAUAAUUGUACUUUACGGAGAAUGAUUCUUAGGAACUUGUACCCUGGGAGAAGUAACACGAAUUAUUAUUCGUUUGACUCGGAUCGCGCUGAAAUAAAGUGGAAAAAGUUAACGAACGUGGGAGGUUCUCUCGACUCGUGUCGUCAACUCCAUGCCAUCGUUGAUAACCGCAUGUAAGAGCAACAUGCAAACGAGAAGAAUCGCCGAAUAGACGCACAAUAGAGCGAUUAUACCCAGACUUUGUCGUCAGUCUCUGUUCUGUCUUCGCUUUCGAUGAACGUACCUGCGAAGAUAUACCACGAUAUAUUACGCGUGUUCGCGUCGGACUUUUUUAUCGUACUCGAUCGAAUAAUUGCCUUUUUUUCUCCGAUUCCGACUGGCUCUCCUCGGUGACAGUCUUCUCGACUAUCUCCUCGGCCGUGGACCGGUCUUCGGUAUCUUCGUUGCAUUUCCUGCUUUUACCGGAACUUUUGCUAGAGUCCUCGUUCUUGGGCCUCGUCUUGGCGGUGUCUGCGGAAUACUUUCUGUCGCCUUUCUCGGAGGAUUUCCUGUCGUUUCUCCUCCUGCGUCUCUCGUCGUCGGAGGAAACUUCGUACUUGGGUUCCUCUCUGCGGGAAGGCCGUCUUUUCCGUUCGUUCUUUCGGGACCUGGUGCGCCUCGCGGAAUUGCGCGAACUGGACGUCGAGUAUCCGGUGUCUUGCCUGGUUCUCCUGCGUGAUUUCAAGAAACGAGGAGGUCUAUUCGAAUGCUCGAAUUCGAGGUUCUCUUUGAAUCGCGAAUACCGUUUGGAAUGUUCGGUGCAUCUGGGAGAGGAAUCGAAUUUGUCCGUUUCCUCGGUGGUGGUCCGUUCGCUGUCCGAGUAAUUGGCCUCCACGUCCUUCUCCCUUCUCCUUUUCUUGCUCUGCUCGGUCCUCCGACCAUUGCAGACGUCUCCCCUCGAUAUGAUACUGAUAUUCGCGGUGGCCGGUCUCUUUCUCCGCUUACUCUUGUUUUCUGUUUGCACUACGUACAGCCUGUAAAGCUGCAAGAGUAUAACCAAAGUAUUUUUGCAAGUGAAGAAGAUGUUCAUGUAGCUGACGAUGCGGUAAUGAAUGAUCAGGAUCAGCCGGAACGCGAGGAAAGGGCCAUCCUGAAAUUCGAUCGAAUCGUCAAGCGAACGCAGAGAAACUCGCGGCAACGGGUAAACGAGAGAUCCGAAUAGCCGGGGGACGGCACGGUACCUGAAGAAUCAUGUUCAAAGCGAUUCCCCAGACGUCGAUGCUGCAACAACUGGUCUCGCUGUGCACUCUCUUCUUGACAGCGUUGCCCGAGGACAGCCGGGACUUUCUGGACUUGGUGGCGGUCAGGACAACGGUGAACUGCAUCAAGGACCAUGCCCAGAUGCCCAGCGUCAGGUACACCAGUACAGGUUCGCGCGCUAUUCUGUCCUCUUUGAAAGAGUCGAAAAACUCGAUGAUGUCGGCAGCCGUACCUAUGUAAACUAACAGCAACUGACUGAGUUGGUCGCGCGUCAGGUCACCCUUCGGCAGCAUCCAUCUUCCGAUGAUCAAGACCAACAUCAAGAAUUGCUCUAUCAAAGUGACCCAUGUUUCCGUGGAUAUUUGAAUAUCCGGCAGGUGGAUGUUUACCUGAAGAGGAGUAACGUGAGCGUUCGAUUCGCGGUUGUUCGCGGGCUGUUUAGAAAUGUCGCUCACGCCCAACGCUUCCUCCAAGUGCUUCAGAUCCUUCGCAGCCAGGUUGGCGAGGUCCAGAUUCUCCGAUAUGUUCACGUUGGACUCGAAAGCUUUCAGUCUUCUGUCCACUUUGUCCAGCUCUAGAAGCCAUAUAGCGGGCACCACGCUGCUGAGAACGAACGACAGGAAACGCGAAACGAUAUCUUUUCGAGCGUCGAUAGAGCCCGAAGACGCAACAAGCGCAAGAUUAAUAUGCCGAGGCACGAGGAGGAUUCGCGCGCUGCAUUGAUUUCCUCGAGAACGUCGUUCACCGUCCCCGCUGAAUCCUCGGAUGGCCCCACAACACACACCCUUCCUCGCUCGAAUAAGUGGGCUUGUUCUACCGUGUAGACCUUCCCCGGCAGAGAGAACUGUCCCGGUAAGCGUGAAGAUGCCUUCGAGGAACAGCAACAAGAUUGGACAACUGAGAUACCAAAAGAGAGGAUUCUUCUUGAAAGUGGUCACUUGCCAAAUGGCGAUGAAACCGUGCGAAGCAAAAACGAGGCGCGUGAUAAUCGCUUUCACGGUUGCUAGGAAUUUUGCCAUCGUCGAACUACGCUGCUUUUAAUUUCGAGUUCCGCCGACACGCCGACGAUCGUUCAGUUGCAAAGAAACAUCCGUAUCUUCGCGUACACCGAUAUCGAUCGAUAGAAAAAUAUUCGCUUUUAUUUCUUAUUAUUAAUUAUGGAAAGAACGGUUUUGCAAUGAAAUUUUCCGUCGUAGAAUCACGCGUGUCACCGUGAUUCGUCGUGGUUCACCGUAACAGAACUGAAAGAAAACUAUCGCUGACCCCGCAGGCUUUGGAAUUCAAAUGGCGCCGCGCAGGCGUGAUAGGGUACAGUAGCGUUACUAGUGUAAGAAUACCUCGAACUACAAAUUGUACAAAAAUACUACCUCUCGGAAGUCUGUUAACGUUAAGAAACGAUGUUGAAGGUAAACCCUUCGAGA